ACUGAACUGAAACAAAAUUAGAUAGAAUUUUAACUAAAUUUCAAUAAAAACCUUCGAAAAAUAGAUUUUAACACAAAAUUCAAGACAGAAAUUAUCCUCAGCAAUGUCUGUCGACUUGGAAAAAAACAAAAGUAGCAUUUUAGACGCGUACAAAGAUGUUUUAUCUGAUAGUUCGGAGACUGAUUGGCUUUUAUUGGGCUACGAAGGCACAACGAACGUUCUCAAGGUCAUAAGUAAAGGCGAUGGCGGUUUAAUGGAAUUGCAAGAAGAUUUAAAUGCUGGCAAAGUGUUGUAUGGCUUCAUUAAAAUAUUGGAGCCGGAAGCGCAAGUAACGAAAUACGUUUUGCUUCAUUGGCAGGGAGAAGCAUCGCCGAAUUCGCGUCGUGCAGUGAGCGCAAGUCAUUUGUUGCAAGUGAAGAGUCUUUUGAAGGGAGCUUCAAUCGAAAUUAGUGCAACGAACGAAGACGACAUCGACGAAGACAAAAUUCUCGAAAAAUUACGAAAAAUUGUCGCAACAAUCGGAUUUACAAAAGCCACGAAGGAGGUUUCGUCGCCCGUUGUCGAAGAAAAACCAAAACAAUUUGUUCCUUCUCCCGUUCGUUCGCCAAUUAAAAUUCCCCCGCCAGCUCCUGUGAGUCCUCCGCCCGCGAAAAAAGUAGUUGAAAAACCAAAAUCACCUCAAAAAAUUGUCUCUCCGUUCUUGAAUCCGACAAUUUCGACGCCAACAACAACAAACGAACCCGCAAAACCCCAAAAUGGAAGUAGCAAUGGCGAUUCAGGACCGUCGCAUGUCAAUAAAAUUCGCGCAAUGUUCUCGCAACAGAAGCAAGACGAAGCGGCGGCAAGUAACGGAGACGCGAUGACGAAGAAACAACCGCCUGCCAAGCCAAUUAGGAACAGUAUUGCGCGAAAAAUGGAAGAGCAAAAGGCAAUUUUCGAAAAAUCCAUGCUAAAUGAGCCCGUAAAGUCGACCAAACAAGACGACAUUUUGCGCGAAAUUCAAGCAGCGAAGGAACAAGCAAAGAAAGAAACGGAACAAGAGCCUGUCGUGCCACAAGAACAAACAUAUCAAAAGGUAGAGGACGAACAAAAGAUGGAAGAAGAGAGAUGCAUCAAAGAAUUGGAACAACAAGACUUUCACAACAUGCCGACAGAGACUGUUAAUGAAGUGCCAAAUGAAAACAUAAAUACGGAAGAACUGAACUACGAUCCGGAUACCAUGUUAAAAGCUCGAGCCUUGUACGACUAUCAAGCAGCCGACGAAACAGAGAUAAGCUUCGAUCCAGGCGACUUAAUUACCCAUAUCGACCAAAUCGACGAAGGUUGGUGGCAAGGAUUAGCUCCUGAUGGCGUAUCAUACGGCCUUUUUCCGUCAAAUUAUGUAGAAUUGAUACAGUAAAAGUCACAAAAAUGUCCUUUUUUCUAAAAAACUUUUAACGAAAAACUUAAAUUUUAACCAAAAUUCCUUGACAAUACCCGUUUUUAAUGUUGUUUUUGUUCCUCACGAAAGUUAUAUAAAUGUGCAAAGAGGUGCAAUAUAAAAAAAAUGCUUGACAUAUUUGUUAGUUAUGAACCAUGUUUCACUAUUACUUUAUUAAAAAUAAUAAUGUUUAACCACAAGAGAUUGAUUUUGAAAAAAAAACGAACAAAGUUACAAUAUAAGUACAACAAAUAUUUACAUUCUCAAAACACGCAUUUCUUAUGAUGUUAAUGCAAAUUAAUGUUUAUUAUUAUAAUAAUUAUACAUAACGCACUUAUUUCAUUCUUAUACAAUAAAAAUAGUAAUUUUAAGUUUUUUAUUUUUUUCUACAAACAUUUCGCUCAAUAUAAAUUUUCAAUAAAUUAUUUA